AUGGCAAUGAGCAACAAUGUGAUAGGAGCCAUUAACUUCAUAGCAGUGCUCCUCUCAAUCCCAAUCAUUGGUGCUGGAAUAUGGCUACUAAACGAGCCAGCCAAUUCCUGUGUUAAGUUUCUGCAAUGGCCAGUUAUCAUUCUUGGUGUUCUGAUCUUGGUGGUGGCUCUUUCAGGCUUCAUUGGAGCCUUUUUUAGAAUUUCAUGGCUCCUUAUAUUCUACCUCAUUGCCAUGCUUGUGUUGACAAUACUUUUAGUUUGUUUGGUGGUUUGCAUUUAUAUGGUCACUCUUCGAGGUCAUGGCAACAUUGAACCCAACAGGGCUUACUUAGAAUAUCGUAUGGAUGAUUUUUCUGGUUUCCUUCGUCGAAGGGUAAGAAGUUCGUUCAAGUGGGAUCGCAUCAGAAGUUGUCUAAGCCAAACAAACAUGUGUGCUGACUUGAACCAAAGUUACCGAAUGGCUCAGGACUUUUUUAAUGCACAUUUAACACCCAUGCAGUCAGGGUGCUGCAAGCCACCAACGCAAUGUGCAUACACGUUUGUGAACCCAACCUAUUGGAUAAGCCCCAUCAACACGGCUGCGGAUAUGGAUUGCCUGCAGUGGAGCAACGACCAAACACAACUUUGUUACAACUGUGACUCAUGCAAGGCUGGUUUAUUGGCAAAUCUUAGGAAGGAGUGGAGAAGGGCUAAUGUGAUAUUAAUCAUCACAGUCAUUGUUUUAAUAGCAGUUUAUUUGAUAGGGUGCUGUGCCUUCAGGAAUGCCAAAACUGAGGAUCUCUUUCGCAAAUACAAACAAGGCUAUACUUGA